AUGCCACUGCAGGCUGUCCCUGGGUUAAUGUGGCUGUGGCAGAACAUGCCCUUUCAGACACUGGCCAUGUUCUUAGGCCUGUUUCUGCUGAUUGCUGAUUACACAAAAAGGAGACGGCCAAAGAAUUUCCCUCCAGGACCUUUGCCCCUGCCUUUCCUGGGCCACGUGCUCCAUAUAGAUUUCAAACAGCCCCACAGGACCAUAGAGAAGCUUGUUGGAAAAUAUGGCAACAUUUUCAGCUUGCAGCUUGGUAACCUGACAUUUGUGUUUGUAAAUGGAUUCCAGCUGGUGAAAGAAGUGCUUGUCCAUCAAGGUGAAUACUUUCUUGAUCGCCCACAAAUUCCUCAGAUCUACAAAGUCUUUGGUACAUUUGGAUUAGUUUUCUCUAAUGGACAUAGCUGGAAACAACAGAGAAGAUUUGCUUUAUCAACUCUAAGAAACUUUGGCCUGGGGAAGAGGAGCUUAGAAGAACGAAUACAGGAGGAGAGCAGAUACCUUACAGAUGCAAUUGAGGAAGAAAAAGGGCAACCUUUUGACCCUCACUUUAAAAUUAACAAUGCUGUUUCCAACAUAAUCUGUUCCGUCACUUUUGGGGACCGGUUUGAAUAUCAUGAUAGUCACUUCCAGAAGUUACUGCGGUUGAUUGAUGAGAUUGUGUAUCUCCAGGGAAGUAUUUGGAUCCAGCUGUAUAACUCCUUCCCCACCAUAAUGAAGUGGAUACCUGGACGCCAUCACACCAUUUUUAAAAACUGGGAAAAUUUGAAGUGUUUUGUGAGGGAAAUAAUAGCAAAGCACAGAGAGGACUGGAAUCCAUCUGAAACCAGAGACUUCAUUGACUGUUAUCUGAAGGAAAUAGCAAAGGCCGAUGCCGACCCGAGUUUCCAUGAAGAAAAUCUCAUAUUUUCCACACUGGAUCUUUUUACUGCUGGAACUGAGACAACGUCUACAACCAUUUACUGGGCUCUGCUGUACAUGGCCCUAUAUCCAGAUAUUCAAGAGAGGGUGCAAGCGGAGAUUGACGCAGUGAUUGGCCAGUCUCGCCAGCCAGCCAUGGACGACAGGGACAACAUGCCAUACACCAAUGCAGUUAUUCAUGAAGUGCAAAGGAUAAGCAACAUCUUGCCUUUAAAUGCACCCAGAAUGGCAACUAGUGACACAACACUGGCCGGAUUCUAUGUGCCAAAAGGCACUGUUUUGAUUCCCAAUUUGACAUCAGUGCUGUUUGACAAGAAUGAGUGGGAAACCCCUCAUACUUUUAAUCCUAAGCAUUUCCUGGAGGAUGGUCAGUUCAAGAAAAGAGAAAGUUUCCUGCCAUUCUCUGCAGGAAAGCGUGGUUGCCUUGGUGAACCGCUGGCUAGAAUAGAGCUGUUCCUGUUCUUCACUGCCCUCCUUCAGAAAUUCACAUUCCAAGCUCCAAAGGACGUGAAGCUAAGCCUUCAGUUCAGAAUGGGAAUUACUCUCGGUCCACAGCCAUACCAGAUCUGUGCAUUGUCUCGGUAGGGAAAGCCAGGACAUUUUUGUCAUUGCCCCAUUUCUCAAAAUAAUUAGGGUUUGCUGUGCUUCUAUAUAGGGCUCACCUCCUUACCAUAUAGGGCUGCAUCGACAGUUCACUAUGUCUCCAAAUUUCCCUGCCUGCUUCCAUUCUUAUAAGCCAACAGGGGACCAAUAUCAGCAAUUGGACGAUUUGGGAACCUGAUAUUGGAAGGGGCUGGGGCUGUGAUGAUACAUCCUACCAUGACAGCAGCUCUUCCUGAUGUCCCUGCCACAC